AUGAAGAGCCCUUGGGUUUUGUUGCUGCUGACACUUGCCUUGGCAGAGGCCUUUUCUAGCCAAAGAGGACUCAUCUUGAAUCUGGUAAGAGGUUGCUGGGUACUCUUGCUGUACCCUUUCCAGAAGCAUCCCUGAUGCGGGGGAUUUGCCAUGUUGUCUGGCUCUUGGGAUUCUCUCUAGUAUUGAAAUUGCUACCCAGUCAUGUAAUAGGGAAAGACUUUUACAGGGAGUUCUUCAGACACUUUGUUUGAUUUAUGCAUAUGAUCCAUUUCAGGAUUCAUUUCAGAAAUGCUUUAGUUGCCCCAGUUCACUUUAGGAAUAGGAGUAUCAAACAAACACUUUGAGCAUUAGGGUACUCUAGGAUAUCAGCAUAAAAACCAGGGCACACAAGGUACCUUCCUGCCUAUAUGGGAAGUUUCUUUUGUGAGGCUGAGGGAUGAUGACAACACAGUAUUUCUAGUGGCAGCUUGGAAAGGACAUGAGUGCGGCAGAAUCAACUUUAUGUUACUUAAAUAUAAGGUCCAUAAGAUUCCAUGAAAUCCUCUAUUCAGGGAAUAUAGACCUAUGAGAGCUGGGUUUGGCUUCCAGCUUUCGUAUCACUCCCUUAGUUGGCUGGCUUUGUUCUCUGCUAUGCUUUGGGAAUGGAUGGUGGUUCAUCUGGCCUUCAUCUUCAUGCUAAAGAUAAAAGAUAAAAGGAAAAGAAACUGCUGGACAAACAAUUUGGAUUGGAAUACAAAAGAGGGAGGUAUGAGGAAGUCCAGAAAAUAAGUAACUUAAAAAUGGAAAUGGAAAAGAGAUAUUGUUUUUAAUUGUUUUGUUUUUUGUUCUUUUACUGCUGAAUCUUGUUUUUUUUCUCGUGUUUUUGUUAUAUGUAUUGUGUAUGUUUUUCUUUUCUCUCUCUGUUGUUCAAAACUUUAAUAAAAAUUAUUUAAAAAAAAAAAAGAUAAAAGAUAAAGGACUCCUGGACGGUUAAAUCCAGUUAAAGGCGCCUAUGGGGUUGCGGCAUUCAUCUCGCUUUCAGGUCAAGGAAGCCGGCGUUUGUCCACAGACAGCUUUCUGGGUCAUAUGGCCAGAAUGACUAAAUUGCUUCUGGCACAACAGAACACUGUAACAAGUGCCAGAGUGCAUGGAAACGCCAUUUACCUUCUCACCACAGCAGUACCUAUUUAUCUACUUGCACUGGCAUGUUUUCGAAGUGCUAGGUUGGCAGAAGCUGGGACAGAACAACGGGAGCUCACUCAGUCAUGGGGAUUUGAACUGCCGACCUUCUGAUUGGCAAGCCCAGGAGACUCAGUGGUUUAGACUACAGCACCACCUGCGUCCAUCUUCAUGGACAUUUAUCCUGUUGCUCACCCCUUAUCUAAUCAUGGUUACCUUAUAGGAGAAUGGAGAGCUAUGUCUCAACAGUCUCCAAUGCAAAAAUGGAUGUUGUCACAGAGGGAGUGGCCUAAGCCUGGCUCGUUGUGCAGACAAAGCAGCUGAGUUUCAGGAGUGCUCUCGGUGGGUAAGUGGCAUUUCCUAUUCCUUAGGAAUGACUGGUGUUUCUUCUGGCCUUCAUCUUCUUUGUUGGUGGCUUAAAGAUGUCAGUGGAGAUUCAGAAGAAUGUCAGACAAGAAAGAAGAAACCAGCGGAGAGAUGAAUAGAGAGAAGUAUUAUGAUCAUAAUGAUGGGCUGGGAAGAUAAAGCUAAGCAGCAGAACCAAGGGUAGAGGGAAUGAGUGUAAGUGAAGGAUGAAGCAAAAGAAGAGAGCCAGGGAAGGUAAUUACAACUGUGAACCUGAGAGAUACUUAGGAAAGUGAAGGAGGAUGUAGUGGUAUUGAAUGAAGUAAUGAAUUUUGGAGAUGGUGAGAAGUUGAAAAGAUUUGUGUGAGAGAGUGAACAUGAGAAGAAGCAGAAUUGAAUUAGAUUUUUUUUUAAAAGUCUUCUGGAAGAACCCAUCACCCACUUUAAAGCAGCCUCAUAUAUGUGGCAAAUAUUCUGAAGUUGGUAUCAAAUACAGUGAAAAGUGAGGAGUGCAGGAUGAUGUCCAAACUUGGUCAGUUUAGCAGAAUGGAGAAGAUAUUGUAUACGUAGCUUUUCCUCUAGCCAAGUUGUGAAUUCUGAUCUACAUCUUUGUAUCUCUUGCAGCACCUUACUGGGAUAUACUACAGGUGUCCCUGUGAAAAUGGAUUAAGCUGUGAGGCGGACAGGACAAUUAUCGGGACUGUCACCAACACCGACUAUGGCAUUUGUGAGGACCCAGCAAGAAAAUUAAAAGUUGAGGAAAAACAUUAA